GGGACAACUGUGUGUGUGUUUGUCUCAGCUGUGUGCGUAGUUCUUGAUCUAAUUUUAAUGUGUGUGCUUGUGGGUUUUCCUACCCAGUGAGCAUGAGAGGGGCGUUCCCAAAGGAGACAUUGCAGUGAGUCACUUCAUUUAUAUAUGCCAUGCUGUGCAACUUAUCAACAUCCCCUUCCCUUUGCCUUGCUUGUGCUCAGUGUUGUUGGCCACCUGUAUACUUGCUGAAUUCUGUGAACAAAGCAUAGAUGUAGUAAACAAACCAAAAAAAAAAAAAGAGAGACUUCUUAGGAACCUGUUAUCACACACUCAUGCACAUAGACAAACGGGUACUGCUCCGCCCAAUGUACCUGUUUCCUUGACUGGCUGAGCUUGUUAAGGCUCACGCCCGUACCUGUUCACUAGCUCAGUGAUCAAGACACCUGUCAGACAGAGAGAGACUUUCGCUCUGCUCACCAGCCACACUCAGUCGGACACACUCACAGAAUCUCAACUGAACUGUCUGGACUUUGCAUUGCUGGAUAUAAACUGACAGCAGGUGGCCUGUAAAGAAAACAGCACAGAGAGAGAAACCUCUAGAACAAGCAUGUCAAAGGAUGGGGACCGAGCAGCUGUGCUUCGUAACACUAAAGUGCGAACCAAAUUGAAGGGAGAUGGCAGCUGGUUACAAAACCGCAAUGAGACUCAGGAUGAGGAGAAACCCCGGAUAGCAGAAGUAAGCGCCAGCCAUUCAAAUGGCGCCCCUCUUGAGAGCAGUCCAGUGUCUUCACCAGUGGUAUCCGCUCCGGUAUCCGCUCCAGCACCCACAAAGUCUGACACUGAAAAAACACCAAAGUCAGGAUACCUGAUCAGAGGUGUUUUUACUAAAUUAGAUGACAAGUCUACUCCACCCACAACAUCAAACAGCUUUGGUGGAACAAACCAAGUCAGCAAAAAGCCUUCAGAGGCAUACAAGAAAAUAGCCCCCCACACACUGAGGUCCUCUUCAGAGAACCAGGAGGACCAGCUUAGCCAUGAGGAGCAGGAGAAACGUAAUGAGACAGCCAGGAAUGUUCUGAAGAGCUCUGCAGCCAAGCAGCGGUCUUAUGUGCUUUCUGCUGCUAAAAAAUACGAGUCUAAAGAACACUCACCUGUGAACUCCUCAGCCAACAGCACCCCAUCAUUUGUGGCUAAAAGGGUGGAGAUUAGUGAUGAUGAUGAGAGUGGCUAUGCCAACUUCCCCCCCCCCUCCCCUGUCAUAUCUGAUGCCUCUGUGACUGAGCCCAAACCAACAAAACCAGCAGACAGUGGGGUGAAAACAUCUGUAGAUAAGCCAGCAGCUACAGUGACUGCACCAAAGCCUGUGAAAGAUUCCGCGCCAGUGUCUGUUAAAGAAAAAGACACCCCUCUAAUUAAACUCAACCAAGCAUCACCAACCCCAGUUUCAUCCACACCAGCACCUCCUGUGCCAACUUCAGUCCAAAAAUCACCUGUUGCAGUGACCCCUGUGCCAACUUCAACUGCCCCAAAAUCACCUGCUCCAGUUACCCCUGCUCCUUUUUCAGCUACCCCAAAAUCACCUGCUCCUUUUUCAGCUGCCCCAAAAUCACCUGCUCCAGUUACCCCUGCUCCUUUUUCAGCUGCCCGAAAAUCACCUGCUCCAGUUACCCCUGUUCCUUUUUCAGCUGCCCCCAAAUCAACUGCUCCAGUUACCCCGGCUCCUACAACUGCCCCAAAAUCACCUGCUCCAAAUUCAACUACCCCCAAAUCACCUGCUCUGAUAGCAACUGCCCCAAAAUCAGCUGCUCCGGUUACCCCUGCUCCGACAACAACCGACCCAAAAUCAGCUGCUCCGGUUACCCCUGCUCCGACAGCACCCGCCCCAAAAUCAGCUGCUCCAACAGCAACUGACCUAAAAUCACCGACUUCAACUGACCUAAAAUCACCUGCUUCAACUGCUCCAAAAUCACCCGCUCCGACUUCAACUGACCUAAAAUCACCUGCUUCAACUGCUCCAAAAUCACCCGCUCCGACUUCAACUGACCUAAAAUCACCUGCUUCAACUGCUCCAAAAUCACCCGCUCCGACUUCAACUGACCUAAAAUCACCUGCUUCAACUGCUCCAAAAUCACCCGCUCCGACUUCAACUGACCUAAAAUCACCUGCUUCAACUGCUCCAAAAUCACCCGCUCCGACUUCAACUGACCUAAAAUCACCUGCUUCAACUGCUCCAAAAUCACCCGCUCCGACUUCAACUGACCUAAAAUCACCUGCUUCAACUGCUCCAAAAUCACCCGCUCCGACUUCAACUGACCUAAAAUCACCUGCUUCAACUGCUCCAAAAUCACCCGCUCCGACUUCAACUGACCUAAAAUCACCUGCUUCAACUGCUCCAAAAUCACCCGCUCCGACUUCAACUGACCUAAAAUCACCUGCUUCAACUGCUCCAAAAUCACCCGCUCCGACUUCAACUGACCUAAAAUCACCUGCUUCAACUGCUCCAAAAUCACCCGCUCCGACUUCAACUGACCUAAAAUCACCUGCUUCAACUGCUCCAAAAUCACCCGCUCCGACUUCAACUGACCUAAAAUCACCUGCUUCAACUGCUCCAAAAUCACCCGCUCCGACUUCAACUGACCUAAAAUCACCUGCUUCAACUGCUCCAAAAUCACCCGCUCCGACUUCAACUGACCUAAAAUCACCUGCUUCAACUGCUCCAAAAUCACCCGCUCCGACUUCAACUGACCUAAAAUCACCUGCUUCAACUGCUCCAAAAUCACCCGCUCCGACUUCAACUGACCUAAAAUCACCUGCUUCAACUGCUCCAAAAUCACCCGCUCCGACUUCAACUGACCUAAAAUCACCUGCUUCAACUGCUCCAAAAUCACCCGCUCCGACUUCAACUGACCUAAAAUCACCUGCUUCAACUGCUCCAAAAUCACCCGCUCCGACUUCAACUGACCUAAAAUCACCUGCUUCAACUGCUCCAAAAUCACCCGCUCCGACUUCAACUGACCUAAAAUCACCUGCUUCAACUGCUCCAAAAUCACCCGCUCCGACUUCAACUGACCUAAAAUCACCUGCUUCAACUGCUCCAAAAUCACCCGCUCCGACUUCAACUGACCUAAAAUCACCUGCUUCAACUGCUCCAAAAUCACCCGCUCCGACUUCAACUGACCUAAAAUCACCUGCUUCAACUGCUCCAAAAUCACCCGCUCCGACUUCAACUGACCUAAAAUCACCUGCUUCAACUGCUCAAAAAUCACCCACUCCGACUUCAACUGACCUAAAAUCAGCUGCUCCGGUUACCCCUGCUUCAACAGCAACUGUCCCAAAAUCAGCUGCUCUGACAGCAACUGACCCAAAAUCACCUGCUCUGGUUACCCUGGCUUCGACAAUAGCUGACCCAAAAUCACCUGCUCCGACAACAACUGACCCAAAAUCACCUGCUCCGGUUACCCCGGCUUCGACAACAGCUGACCCAAAAUCAGCUGCUCCGACAGCAACUGCCCGAAAAUCAGCUGCUCCGACAGCAACUGCCCGAAAAUCAGCUGCUCCGACAGCAACUGACCCAAAAUCACCUGCUCUGGUUACCCUGGCUUCGACAAUAGCUGACCCAAAAUCACCUGCUCCGACAACAACUGACCCAAAAUCACCUGCUCCGGUUACCCCGGCUUCGACAACAGCUGACCCAAAAUCACCCGCUUCAACUCCUCAAAAAUCACCCGCUCCGACUUCAACUGACCUAAAAUCACCUGCUCCGGUUACCCCAGCUCUGACAGCAGCUGACCCAAAAUCACCUGCUUUCACUUCAGCUGCUCAAAAAUCACCUGCUCCGACAGCAACUGCCCCAAAAUCAGCUGCUCCAGUGACCCCUGACUUGACUUCAACUGUCCCAAAAUCAACUACUCCACUGACCCCUACCCCAGCUUCAACUGUAUCAAAAUCAACAGAUCCAGUGACUCCUGCACUAUCUUCAUCUGUUCCCAAAUCACCUAAUCUGGUAACCCCUGCCACACUUUCAACUGAUCUAAACUCUCCAGCUCCAGUGUCUGGUCUAACAGCGACCACUUUGAAGAUUGAACCUGAAGGAGAAAGAAAACCAAAGCCAGAAUCUAAACCUUCUUCAAAGCCAAGCUCCAGUACUGACACACUCACUGCCUUGUCCGAUACUCUCAUUUCUUUUGGUACAAGUUCAACCAGCUCUAAAGGUGAUGAGCCAGGGCUUGCAAAGACAAAAGUGAGGUCAGAGGAUCAUCGCACCUCAGAGGACAGUGUUGAAAAGAAGCCAACUCCAGUGCUCAGAAAACAUGAACCAGCAACAGGCGAUCUUCUAGCUCUAACUAAUAGUGUUGAAAAGAAGCCAACUCCAGUGCUCAGAAAACAUGAACCAGCAACAGGCGAUCUUCUAGCUCUAACUAAUAGGUCUGUUAAAAAUACAUUAGGUGCACUAAUUUAUUUAUUUUUUGUCUGUAGUGUUGAAAAGAAGCCAACUCCAGUGCUCAGAAAACAUGAACCAGCAACAGGCGAUCUUCUAGCUCUAACUAAUAGUGUUGAAAAGAAGCCAACUCCAGUGCUCAGAAAACAUGAACCAGCAACAGGCGAUCUUCUAGCUCUAACUAAUAGUCCAGAGAAGUCAGCAGAGCCUGCUCCUCCCAGCCCAAGGCGCUGGAGUCAGGAUCUGCUUGGUGAACUAGACAGCUUCAGUACGCAGCGAAAGGAGGUGAAGCAGACAGAGGAUACACAAAGCCUCACUAGAACCACCAAGACUGUGAUCAUUACUGAAAAAAGUGAAAAGGGCAGUGCAGAUCCCUGGGGCUCACAUGUGGAAACUACAGUCACUAAAUCCAGCUCGGCUGAUCCGUUUGAUCCAUAUCCGAUAGGGACCACAUCCUCUAACAGAGCCUCUGACCUGCUCCAGCCCGUCUCAGAUACUCCCAUCAACAGCUCUCGGCGGUCAUGGGCACGCACAUGGGACAUCACACCUCAGGAGACUAACACAGAAGAGAGCCCUAAUGCUGAACCAGAAGACCAAGCUGAAGAUCAACAGACAGUGAUCAAGUUUGAGAGGAAGUCAACUGUGAAAGACUCCCCAUGGGACAGGUGGACAUCACCCACUGUCUAUACUAUCGCCAACACUAAAGGAGAGGAGGAGGAGGAGGAGGAGGAGGAGGAUGAGGAUGAGGAUGAGGAAAGCCCCGAGGACACACAGACAGUCAGUACCACGAUCAGGGAGAUACACAGUAAGUCAGAGCUUGCCACGGAUCGUUACGAAACUUAUUCAAGGACUGUGAGAGAAGACGACUGGCGUGUUAAACCAAAAGAACCUGAGACCAAAAAUUAUGAAACUUAUUCCAGGACUGUGAGAGAAGACAACUGGCGUGUUAAACCAGUAGAACUUGAGACCAAAAAUUAUGAAACUUAUUCCAGGACUGCGAGAGAAGACAACUGGCGUGUUGAACCAAAAGAACCUGAGACCAAAAGUUAUGAAACUUAUUCCAGGACUGCGAGAGAAGACAACUGGCGUGUUGAACCAAAAGAACCUGAGACCAAAAGGGGGGUUGUGUAUGUGAAGGAGUAUGUCAAUACAACAGGCACAUUUGAUAGUGGGUUAGAUUAUGUGACAUCAAGCUCUGCCAGAUCCUCCUACAGCAGCCCCUCUACUUACUCCAGUGGCUCGCUGACAUCCAGUUGUACGUACUGUGGACAACAGGUGGGCAGUGAUGACAAGAUCACCAUUGAACAUCUCAAUAUUAACUGCCACUCUUCGUGCUUCAAGUGUGGUGUGUGUAGAAAGCCUAUGGGAGACCUCCUCUCCAGUAUGUUCCUACAUGGUGGGAAAGUCCACUGCGAGAGCUGCUACUCCAAAGCCCUCGACUGAUUAUGGAAGCUCCUCACCAGCCUCUUAUCCUCAUCCUGUUCCCUUCAUGUUCAUUUGCAUAUAAAGUGAGAACUGCUCUUUCACAAAGCUUUGACUCUGUUUGGUUUGAACUUAGGAAUGUGGCGGUUUGGGGAGAUCAAAGAGGUCGUUACACUGAACAAUAAAGUUACUUAAAAUUGA